UUGCCUUUUGUCCAGCCUCACGCCCAAUGCUGUUGCCAUGUGUGAUGUCUUUUCUUCCAGUCUUGUUUCCUCCGUCUCAGUCCGUCCAUCCAUCCCCAGGCCAGACCCCCCUCUCUUCAGAAUCUGAGCAGCGAUGACGUUUGCUGAGGAAAAGACCUAUAAAUAUAUCUGCCAUCAUUACAGCAGUUUUUGCCGUGUGGAUGUUCUAGAGAUCCUGCCUCACCUGCCCUGCCUCACGGCAAGUGACCAGGAUCGACUGCGGGCCCUCUAUGGGCAACGGGGGAACCAGGACACCCUCUGGGAGCUCUUCAACCGCUUGCAGCGGCGGACCCACUGGGUGGAUUUCCUCAUUGAGGCGCUGAGGGCCUGUGAGCUGGCUGGUCUCGCUGACGAAGUGGCCCGUGUCUACCAGAGCUACCUGCCCCGGACCUCGAGCCUCCCCUCACCCCCGCUGGAGCCCCUGUCAGUGCCUGCUGAGGUUCCAGGGCCCUCUGCACCUGCAGCGGCCCGCAGCCUCCCCUACAACGGCUACAGAGAGAUGGAGCCCAGUUACCCCAUGCCUGUCCAGGACACCCGGCCACCGGAGUCCCUAGGAGAGAGUUCAAAGCAAGCCCCACAGACACCCAGCUCUGGAGCCAUCCCGAGGAGGCCGGGUGGCCCCCUGGAGCCCUCCUCUGACCUGGCAGCCCUCAGCGCUGGCAUCUCUAGCGGGCAUCACAAGCAGAACACAGAACUGGGCGGUGCCCACACAGCAGGUGCAGUCUCCAGCCUCACGCCAUCCCGUGGGCCUGUGUCUCCAACUGUAUCCUUCCAGCCCCUGGCCCGUUCCACCCCCAGGGCAAGCCGCUUGCCUGGGCCCGCAGCGCCAGCUCUGUCUACAGGCCCCUCCUCCUCCUCAUCCACCAGCUUGGCUUCUGUAGGGGGUGCUGGUGACCAGGCUGAGCCUACUGUCUGCUGCAGUGGAGCAGAGGCACCCGCCACCUCUGUGACUACCAGCACAGUGGCCUCCAAAGUGCCUGCCACCUUGAUGCCAGUGAACACGGUGCCCUCCAAGUUGCCCACCACCUCGAAGCCCUUGGGUACAGUGCCUUCUAAUGUGCUCACCAGUCUAGCACCGUCCAAAUUGCCCAUCAACCCAGCACGUGCCGGCACAGUGCCAUCCAAAGUGCCCACUAGCUCCACGCCCACCAAGGUGCCUGCCAGCACGGUCCCCAGCAGCAGGAACAGCAGAGCUGAGGAGACCCCAGCGGCUGCAACACCCACCGGCGCCACUAGAGGCAGCUCUGAUAGCGGGAGCCAGGAGCCAGAGCUGAGCAAGCCUGGCAUGCUGGUGUCCCGGGUGGACAGCCGGUUCUCGGGCUGCUCCGAAGACCUUGCCAUCAGUGCCAGCAACUCCUUGGGUGCUGAGGCCAUCCACGGCCCGGAGGAGAAUGAGUAUGACUCCGUGGGCACCUUUGAAAUCCACGAGGCCGAGGAGGGCCCGGGCGCCGACCUCCUGGAGAGCAACCCCAGGCCAAAUGCCGCCCCACAGCUCCAGGAGGAGGAGAUGGCCCAGUUUGAGGUGGAGGAGACGGCCAGGAAUAUCUGGGACGAGCUCUGGGCUCCGUGGCUCCGGGCAGCCACUGCUGGGGCACUCGUGAUCACACUCCUGGCCGUGUUGUACCGGCGGCGCCAGUGAAGCCCUAGGCCCUCCCCACCACACGUCCGCUCCAUUCCCUGAGGUACACACCAGACCCUCUCAGAGUGGAGCUAUCUGGCUGCCCUUGUCCCUUUCUUGGGGUUGGUGGGGGCUGGGUCAGAGGGGAGCUAAGGGACCGCAGCCUGGCAGGUGACCAUGCCAUGGCCAGACUGAGUCCUGGGGGUGGCAUUUCCAUCCCUGCUCUUGCCCUCUGUGGGUCCCUUAAAAUUUGGCUUUCUGGGCCCUGGGCUGUCCCAGCAAUCCAGACCUCAGCCACCUGGCAAUCCAGGUUGUUGCCUGUGCUUUCUGGAGGAGGUACCUCUGUCCAGGCCACAUCCCUAUUGGAUGAGGAGGUGCCACUAGAGUGCACAUGGCGGUUGGUAAUGCCCCUUAUACUGCACAGGUCCCUGGAGGCCAGAGGGCGGUUGUGCAGGGUGGGGGACCCCAUGAAACCUGCUUCCACCCCCAGCACCCAGCCUGAGGCUGUUGCACUGGGGCAGGCAGGAGCAGCAGGGUGGCCAGCCUCCAGGGACCCAACUGCUUUGGGUUCCUGCCCACUGGUCCUCCUCCCCUGCCAGGCCACUCCAGGAAAGUCUGGAGGUUCCUGUGGACUCCAGGGAAGCUAGAGGCAGCUGCCAGGCUUGAGGAAGACCCUGGAGCCCCUCUCCAGUCUCCUCAUCCCACCUUCUGUUUCUCUCCCGCUUGGUUUCCAUUCUCUUCAGCUCCCUGCACGGGCUGGGGAGGGCACACCUGGUAGGCAGAGCUCAGGCUGAGAUUUGGAUCUCAGCCCCACCUCUCCCUGGGCCAUGUGGCCUUGGUGGUGGGCAGACUUCUCUGGCCUUGCUUCCCUGCAUGGACAGUGAGUAUCUGGCUCAUCCUUCACUGGGUUCUUCUGAGACUGGAGCCUACAGGUGUUUGCCAAGUGCCUGGCCCAGAGGGGGUGACCACUAAAUGCUCCUCUUGCCUCUUUCCUGCCCAUCCUGGUAGAACUGGGGGCAUGAGAGGCAGAGUGAACGGUGGGCCUGUACCCUGUUCUGCCUCGCACCAGCUCUGUGAUCUUGGGCAAGGGAUUAACUGCUCUGUGCCUCACC